AUGCUCCUCCCACCCUUCAUCCUCUUAUCCCUCUUCACUCUUCCCCUUCCAACUUCAGCACAAUCACCCUGCAACUACGCCUUCCUCCAAAACAUAACCGCUUCCUACAUCUCCGCACAAACCUCCGGCCAGCCCUCCCAGCUCUCCUCAAGCGCAACCUACACCGAAAACUUCAGACCCUCCACUCUCGCCUCCGGCAUCCUCUCCCAGCCGCUCAAAAUCGACCACUCACGCAGCCUGCACGACACAACCCAAUGCGCGACAUACACCGAGAUCGUCGUCACAGACCCCAGGCACCCCUACGUCAUCGGGACCCAAAUCCGCCUCUCCACCACCACCAACGGAGACUCGCCAGUGGUAAACCAAAUCGACACCAUCGUCACAGACCAAGGCGACUGGCUCUUCAACGCUACCGGAACCUACUACUACGCCUCGCGCGAGGACUGGUUCACCAUCCCCGUCGAGCAGCGCGACACGCGCGAAGCGAUCCAAGCGGGCGGGGACGCGUACCUUGACCUCUUCAACGACCCCACCGUGCAAGUCCCCUGGGGCCAGCCCUGCGCCCGCCUCGAAGGCGGCAUCUACACCGGCCGCGGGCUCCCCACCGACUCGUGCAACGUCGGCGUGCCUAGUGGCGUGCGCUUGGUUAAUCGCCGGUACGUGAUUGACGAGACUGUGGGUGCCGUUGAUAUUUUUUUGGACUUUGGAGGCGAGGGUGGGUUGCCGGAUAGUCAUGAGUUUAGGUUGGAGAAGGGAAAGUUGAGGUUUGUGCAUACUAUGACUGUUAUGCCUUGA